GCAAGAACUCCUCGGAGAUGCCAGAGACCAUUACCAGCCGAGAUGCUGCUCGUUUUCCCAUUGUUGCCAGUUGCACCCUUCUGGGGCUCUACCUCUUCUUUAAAAUAUUCUCUCAAGAGUACAUCAAUCUUCUGCUUUCCAUGUAUUUCUUUGUGCUGGGGAUCCUAGCCCUGUCCCACACCAUCAGCCCCAUGAUGAACAGGUUCUUCCCUGCAAAUUUCCCCAACAAACAGUACCAGCUCCUCUUCACCCAGGGCUCCGGGGAGAGCAAGGAAGAAAUAGUGAAUUACGAGUUUGACACCAAGGAUCUCGUAUGCCUGGCCCUGAGCAGUGUUGUGGGGGUCUGGUACCUGCUGAGAAAGCACUGGAUUGCCAACAAUCUCUUCGGGUUGGCGUUCUCCCUCAAUGGGGUGGAGCUGCUGCACUUGAACAACGUCAGCACUGGCUGCAUCUUGCUUGGGGGCCUCUUCAUCUACGACGUCUUCUGGGUCUUUGGCACCAAUGUGAUGGUGACAGUUGCCAAAUCGUUCGAAGCCCCGAUAAAAUUGGUUUUCCCUCAGGACCUGCUGGAGAAGGGGCUGGAGGCUGACAACUUUGCCAUGCUGGGUCUGGGAGACAUUGUCAUUCCAGGGAUCUUCAUUGCCUUGCUGCUGCGGUUUGACAUCAGCUUGAAGAAGAACACGCACACGUAUUUCUACACCAGCUUUGUGGCCUACAUCUUCGGGCUGGGCCUGACCAUAUUCAUCAUGCACAUCUUCAAGCACGCCCAGCCUGCUCUUCUGUACCUGGUCCCCGCAUGCAUCGGAUUCCCACUUCUUGUGGCCUUGGCAAAGGGAGAAGUAACUGAAAUGUUCAGCUAUGAAUCCUCUGCUGAAAUCUUGCCACACACACCAAGACUUACCCACUUCCCCACCGUGUCCGGCUCGCCGGCCAGCCUUGCUGAUUCCAUGCAGCAGAAACUGUCCUGUCCCCGCCGACGCCGGCAGCAAAGCCCUAGUGCCAUCUACGAGGAGAGCUCUACCCCCAAGGAUGUGCCGGGGGCCUCCAAAGAAGAGACAACAGAAGCUGCCAAGAAGGAGAAGUGA